CUCCGCUCAACCAUGAUGGAUCCAAAUUACUCGCAGGAAGUGCCUCAGUUUUCCGUUUCUCACAUCAAAUACCACCUACCCUACUUCACGCCGGCAGAGGUUGACCAAUUAGCGGACAAGCAACGGGGAAGGCUAUCCGUGACGCAGGAAGAGAAGAUUCGGCAACAGGCAUGCGGGUUCAUCGAAGCGGUUGGUGCAAAGAUUGGCUUUCCAAGAAAAACGAUAGCAACCGCUCAGAACCUAUAUCACCGCUUCCACCUCUAUUUUCAGAGGAAGGACUUCAGCUAUUAUGACGUGGCCUUAGCAGCACUGUAUGUCUCUUCAAAGAUGCAUGACACUCUCAAGAAACCCAGGGAGAUCCUGAUGGUUGCCUAUGCUGUGCGCUUUCCAGAGCUCGCGGCCAAGUCGAAGUCUGUCGCGGGUGAAAUUGACAUGGACCCAGCAACGGUCGAACAUGACCGACAGCGACUGUUAGCCGUUGAGAGGUUAAUUCUGGAAACCGUCUCUUUCAACUUCACGUCACGCCUCCCUUUUCCAUACGUGAUCAAGGCGGGGAAGGCUCUUCGAGCUAGUAAGAAGCUGACCAAACUAGCGUGGCGCUUGGCCAUUGAUAGUUAUCGCAGCUUGGUAAAUCUCGAGUAUCCUCCCCAUGUGGUCGCAUUAGGAUGCCUAUACCUGGCCGCUUCAUUGUCUUCCUUCGAGCAGGCUCCCUCUCCCGCACGGCCAGGCUACGCCAGCAGCGCCGAGAUCGCAGCUACGCUUGGUCAGUACGGACAGUGGGAGAAGCAGUUCCAAGCGCACGUACAGGACUUGGAAGAGAUCGCGUUUGUCGUCAUCGACCUGCUCGUGACGGCGUCACAAAAUGCGUUGGCGAACACCUCUCCAGUCACGCCGUCCUCUCCGUCUCCGCAUACUAGUCGGAGCCAGCACCGUCAAGCCUUGGCGCAAGCGCAGCCUCCGCCGGUCCCGUACAAGACAGACCAGCUGAUCCGUUUGAAGAUUCUGAUGCGGGAACAUGAGCAUCCUCCGAGACAGUGGGAGAUCGCGGUCCCUCGAUAUGAAGAGAACGAAGCGUCGUUACUGGGACGCAACGAAGGCACGGUCCGAUUCCUGUUCGGUCCCCCUGAUGUUGCGGAUGGUGGGUUCUGAUACGAUCAGGGGGCUGGAAUCCCAGAGAGCUUUCUGGCCUCUGUAGAUGCACCGUCGUAUCUGCUGUCUUCUGAUGUUGUACCUCUGCUGUCGUUGAUUAUUGCACCUUUGCAC